UGCUCAUUAACUUUUGCAGUCAUUUUGCCGUCUAAUACAUUGGCCGCAGAUCGUCGCCAAUUUGAGUUUUCAAGUUAAUGACAAUUCACAGUUAGAGUAAAUCGACCUUCCACCUAUCACCUAAAGUGACCAAAUUCAAAAAAACGAAAUAACAAACUGACAGGUGUCCAUUAAAAAAUAUUGUAAUUAAAAAAUAAAAUGAACUGAUUAUCAAAUGAUGUUCGGGGUGCAAUAUUGUGCCAUAAAAGAAUUAACAGAAAUUCCACGAUACAGCUGAUGAGAUGGCUGGGUUGUCAGGAAUCACGUACAAUUGGUAACGAAAAAGAGUUGGUUGAAAGCGCCUUGAAAAUAAACGUUUUUAUAAAAAAAUAAAUAGUUAGAAAAAAAAAAAAAAUGGCACAAGUACAAUCAUUGAAAGCUGACGAACUUCCAAGGAGCUUCGUAGAUGCUAUGCGAGUAUUGUUUCAAAUAAUGGACCAUGAAAAUACUGGAUUUAUAAAAUAUUUAGAUAUUGAAAAACGAUGGCAAGACGAUGGCACGCAGGAACUACCAAAAAAUGUUCUUGAAAAUUUAAAAAAAGUAACUCCAUCCAACGGAUUAUUAACAUUCGAACGUUUAUGUACUGGUUUAAAAAUAUGCUUACAACAGAAGCAAAAAGAUAUGGAGUCUUCGAAUAGUCAAAAUCAAUUUGUUACCCCGUUUUCAGCAUCGAAUUUGAUGAUAAAUAGUCCUAUGAAAAAUUUAUUAACGUCUCCGAAUACAGCCACAAUACGACCUAAUAAUGCCAUAUUACAACAACGUACAUUUAGUAUGCCUCAAUUAUCCGAAUCUCGUAAUGAUUCGCGAAAUAUUUCGUUGGAUAUGUUUAAAGGAAAAUCAAUUACUGAUGUAAAAUCACUAAAAAUGUUUGGUCCACCGAAACCCCCAAGAACCGGUGCUGCGACUGACGGUCGACUACUUAACGCAGACCGUAAUUUUGACAAAUCAGAAAUAAGAACAACUUUACAUAAUUGGCAAGUCGGACUUAUGUUGAACGAAGAAAAAUGUCUUAAAAAAAAACAAGUAUCGAAUACAAACUAUACUGUUGACUCUCGAAGUUUGUUAAAGUCUCAAAAAAAUAUAAAAGAUGAUAAAUUGAUAGAUAUACAAUCUAAUCAUCUUGGAAUUUCUCAAAAGAAAAUAAUUUCAAGAAAAAAAGAGUCUAGACGGCACACUUUGCAAAAUGGCAUUGAUUUUAAUAUGAUGAAAAGAAUAAAACAAAUUGAAGAAGAAAAAGAUAUUUUACUUCAAGGAUUUGGGGCGAUCGAGAAAGCCAGAGAUUGGUACUUAAAACAAAUUUCCACAACUCAAGAUAAAAUAAAGCAUCUCGGUGAAAUGGCUUCUUAUGUGGAACAAUGGACUGAAUCUCAACAAGAACGAUUAGAAUUUCAACGUGCACGCAUUCUUGAAGUAAAUCGUCACCUAGCAGCUCUUAUAAAUAGUUGGGAAAGAGGUGGUCUUCCUCUCCAUAUGAAUUUAGCUUUUUUGAAUAGAUCUUCAACACAACUAAACCAGGAUAUUCUCACUCAAUUAAAACAUCAAAAUUACAGAUUGACUGAGGAAGUAAACAAACAAAAUUAUAAAAUUGCAUUACUCGAGCAAGAGAAGGACAAUCUUAUGCGAGAAUUAUACAACCAACAAACAGGUAUAAUUCAAUCUCGGCGAUCGACGAUGAUUCAUGAGCAACAUGAUCAAACAUUCAUCAUUUGAUGUUUAAAGGGACCAAGAAUUUUUGUUACGAAAAACCACAAGAUGUAAAAAAUUUAUAUUUAAUUGGUAAUAAAAAAUCCAUGCCUUGUACAAAAGCCAUUUCGUUUCGAAUCAAUGAAUUCUAGUUUUGUAUAAUUUUUGAUGUUGCUGAUUUUAUUACAUUGUAUAUUUUGUGAAGUUUACUUGUAUUAGUUGCUCUGAGGAUAAUGAAUCAAAAUCAAAAAAAUAUGAAGAACAUU